AUGGGCUGCGCUCCCAGCAUCCACAUCUCAGACAGCAGGGUGGUUUAUCACAGUAGCAAAGAGACGGAGGACUCGAACUCGUCGUCGCAGCAGCAGCAGCAACAGCAGCAAGGCAACCCUGUCUCUGGAUUAUUCAUUAAAUCUUCCAACACCUCCGCGUACAAGUUGAGGACUAAUCCUUCCAAGAAAGACAAGCAGGACAACAUGGAGGGGGAGUCUCGCACCAGCAGAUCCAGUGUUAAGGUAAUGGAAAAAGUCGAGUCGUUUGGUUGA